GAAAUUUCAGUACCUAUCUGCUUCGUCUCUCUCCUCCCUAUAAAUUAUAUCAGUUAAUUCAGUUUGCAGCUCAUAACAACAAAUUGAUUACUAGAAAAUUUAGAGAAAAGACGAUGGAUGAUUUCUUAUCUAACCUUAGCUCAGCCAUGGCAACAUUUACUUUCUUUUAUUCCACGGCAACUUUUGUGUUCAUUUAUGCCAUGUUCCGUGACCACUUCCCUCAACACCUACAAGAUGAUAUCCAGAAAUAUGGCAGAAAACUAGUGAAUUUUGCUUAUCCUUAUUCCCAAAUCACCUUCGAUGAAUUCACCGGCGAGUAUAUGCGGCGUAGCGAAGCCUUCACAGCCAUUGAGAACUAUCUCAGUGACAAAUCCGUUGUAUCUGCUAAGAGGCUUAAGGCUGAUGCUGUCAAAGAUGGUCAGUCUUUGGUGCUUAGCAUGGAUUACCAUGAAGAAGUUGCUGAUGAGUUCAAUGGGAUCAAAGUUUGGUGGAGUUCAAACAGGACUACCCCAAGAUCGUUGCAGUUCUCGGUGUAUCCGGCCGUCGAUGAGAAACGGUAUUACAAGUUGACAUUCCACAAUCGACACAAGCAAAUCAUUACCGAGUCUUAUCUAGCUUCGGUGAUGAAUGAAGGGAAAGCAAUCGAGCAAAACAACCGGCUGCGUAAGCUUUACACCAACAAUCCAAGCAAGGAUUGGAAUGGAUUCAAUCCAAAAUGGAGCUAUGUUGCUUUUGAACAUCCUGCAUCAUUUAAUACUUUGGCAAUGGAUGACAACAAGAAACAAGAAAUCAUCAAUGAUAUCAAUAAGUUCAAAAUGGGGAGGGAUUAUUAUCAAAGCAUUGGAAAAGCUUGGAAACGAGGUUAUUUGCUUUAUGGUCCACCAGGCACUGGUAAAUCAACCAUGAUUGCUGCUAUGGCUAAUCAUUUGGAGUACGAUGUUUAUGAUCUAGAACUUACUGCAGUCAAAGAUAACACGGAGUUGAGGAGGCUUUUGAUCGAUACGUCGGGUAAAUCGAUCUUAGUAAUCGAGGAUAUUGACUGCUCUCUCGAUCUUAUGGGUGAAAGAGAGAGCAAGAAGAGGAAGAUCAAGGAAGAUUCAGACAUGGAUCCAAUCAGUAAGAAGGUUAAAAAGGAAAUGGAAGAGACAACAGAUAGUAAAGUUACUUUAUCGGGUGUUUUGAAUUGUGUUGAUGGACUUUGGUCAUCAUGUGGGGGUGAAAGAAUCAUUAUUUUCACCACAAAUUACAUUGAAAACCUUGAUCCAGCUCUAAUCAGGAGAGGAAGAAUGGACCUACUCAUAGAAAUGCCAUUUUGUUGCUUUGAAGCAUUCAAGGUGUUAGCAAAGAAUUAUUUAAAAAUCAAUUCUCAUAGACUCUUUAAACAAAUUGGUGGACUGUUGGGUAAAACCAAUAUGACACCUGCAGAUGUUGCAGAGAAUUUGAUCCCCAAGUUUGAAGGCGAGAACGUGGAACUGCGUUUAAACCGACUAAUCGAAGCUCUCAAGGCCAGUAAAAAUGGAGGAGCAUGUAGGCCAAACCAAAAGAGAAAGAGAAGAAACAGCAAUCUAACAAACAAGAAGAAGAAAUGAAAACAUCAUAAGACAUUAUGUUGUCAUUCCAUUAAUGUCAAGAAGAUGGGGUUUAGGGUAGCUUAAUUUCUAUAUCAUUUGUAGCCAUUACCAAGUGGUAGAACUCGAAGUUAAUUUAUGUCAAGUAAUAGAUGAAGUACAUCUGUGUGUGUGUGAAAUAAUAGUACAAGUUACCUUAAUUAAGGAGUUCUGUCUUGGAUGUUUGCCUUUAUCUGCUUGACUUGUUUAUUUGGAGUAGGGAAAACAAGUCAUUAAUGUUUAAGAAUAAAUGAUGUAUGCAUACAUUAUUUUUGUAUUAAGAUUAAGAUGAGCAAGAUGUCAUAGAUGGUGACUAAAUUGUAUAAAAAGUCAAGUUGGAUCUUCUUAAAUUGUAUAAGAUGUCAUAGAUGGCGACUCAUUUAAAGACAUUUAUUUUCUUGCA